AUGUUAGUAAACAACUUUUGCCUGCACUCUGGUGAUGAUUUUAUCUUGAUGAUCGUUGGAGGACCGAACUCUCGCAAUGAUUUCCAUGUGAAUGAGACAGAAGAAUGGUUUUACCAACUCAAAGGCAGCAUGCUCCUCCGCAUCGUUGAGAGCGACGAGUUCCGAGACAUAGACAUCGAGGAAGGAUGCACCUUUCUCUUACCUGCCAACACACCGCACAACCCAGUACGGUUCGCGAAUGCUGUCGGCAUGGUCAUGGAAAGACGGCGACCUGAGGGCAGUCUAGACCGGCCGAGGUGGUACUGUUCAAAAGGCGAUCAUCCGAGACCGACCAUUAUAAGGGAGGACGUGUUCCAUUGUACGGACCUAGGCACACAACUGAAGCCCUUGAUUGAGUUCUGGAUGAACAACGAGGAGGCGUGGAGAUGCCCGUGGAACAGGAACUAUGGCUGA